AUGUUAUCACCAAAGGGUAGCAAGGUUGAACCAGCCUUAAAGAAACAGAAAUACCAGGAUAAAUCAGAAGAGUUCGAUAAGUUUUUUUUAGAUUUUAAUCAAAACCAAAUAUACCAGAAUAACACACGAAUUCUUGUUGAUCAAUAUGAAACCACAAGUAAUGCAGAACCAAAUGAUCUCAACGAAGAAAUAAAUAAAGCAUUAUCAACAUUCAAUGAAUUUAACGAAACCAAUUCAAUGAAACUCAACUUUAAGAAUGAGACAGGUUCGUCAGAAACAGAAAGUUCCUCACCAAUGGAUUCACCCGGAACAUUGACUAGCAGUGUAACCUCAAACGAAGAAGAUGUCUUCCUUAAGGAUACGAAGAAAAAGGCAUCUCAUGAAAUUUCUGAUAUGGAAUCGAAACUAGAAAGUAAUGCUACUAUGACAAGCAUGGUUAAUCCGUCCACUGUAACAUCAAUUAAACAAAGCAUGAUUAAUACAAGCAAAUUAAUUUCUACUUUCACCACGUUGAAGACGACAUACUUAAAAUUAUGUAAGGAGUUUAACUACUUACUUAACAAGUUCAAAGAUAAUGAAAAGAUUAAAAUUGAACUUAUUAACGAAAAUAAUGAAUUAAAACGUUUAUUGAUGGAGAUCAUUAAACAAAGAGAAUUAGAAAAGUCAGCUACCAGAAAUAUGACACCCGUUUCUAAUUCAAGGAAAAGAAAAUGUCCUUCUUCCUGA